UUGCAAGGUAGCUUUCUCUCACGCCCGAAUAAUUUUGUUUGGGUUUUGAUUUGAACCCUAACCCUUGUGUUGCAAAUUCUCCAUAACCAGAGUCCUCCUCCCCCUUUGUUGGUCUCUUGAGAAAGAAAGCAGUGAUGGAUUUUCAAGUGGUGGUACUGGCUGGAGGCACUUCCACGAAGCUCGCCCCUCUUGUUUCCAAGGAUGUUCCCAAAUCGCUGCUCCCGGUGGCCAAUCGUCCAGUUCUCUCGUAUGUUUUGGACCUGUUGGAGCAGAGUAAUAUCAAAGAUCUCAUUGUUGUUGUUGAAGGAGAAGAUACCGAGGGUCUUGUUGAAAACUGGAUAUCUGAGGCAUAUGUUGAUCGUUUACAUGUUCAGGUUGCUUCUGUGGGGGAAGAAGUUGGAACCGCUGGUGCCCUGCGCGCAAUCGCUCAUCAUUUAACCGCUUCCGACAUCCUGGUUGUGAGUGGCGAUCUAGUUUGUGACAUAUCGCCUGGAGCAGUGGCCGCUGCUCAUAGACGGCAUGAUGCGGCAGUAACUGCAUUGUUCUGUGCUGCACCGAUCAGUGGGCCCACAGAGUCGGGUACCUCCAGUGGAAAGGACAAGACAAAGAAACCAGUACGCCAUAAUAUUGUCGGCCUGGACCUAACCCAACAAUUUCUUCUAUACAUAGCAGCUGGUAUGGAAGUUGAGAAAGAUAUUAAAGUUCAAAAGAGCAUCCUUCGUGCUGUAGGGAAGAUGGAAAUUCAUGCUGAUUUAAUGGAUGCCCAUUUAUAUGCAUUCAAAAGGUCUGUUCUUCAGCAAGUUCUUAAUCAAAAGCAAACUUUUAGAAGCUUAAAGCAGGAUGUGCUGCCUUAUCUUGUUAAAAGUCAGCUGAGGUCUGAAAUAUUAUUGAAUGGAGUACAAGCUGCAGAAAACGGGAACGAGGAUAAUUAUAAUAUGGAUAAAGUAAUGCUGUCUCAGCUGCUGGCUAAUGCGUCUACACCGAGUUUUCAUGAAGUGUACGCUUUGGGUCCUAACGGGUUUUCCCCGGCUGAGAGAAAAACCCAUAAAUGUUGUGUUUAUAUUGCCAACAAGACCAAAUAUUGUGCAAGACUAAAUUCCAUUCAAGCGUAUAGUGACGUUAACCGAGAUGUGAUAGGAGAUGCAAGUCACCUAUCGGGAUGUACAUUCUCUGUGCACAACAAUGUUAUUCAUCCAUCUGCUGUUCUCGGCUCCAAAACCACAGUUGGACCACAAUGCAUGCUGGGGGAAGGCUCACAAAUGGGUGACAAAUGCAGCGUUAAGCGAUCUGUUAUCGGCCGUCAUUGUCGGAUAGGAUCCAAUGUGAAGAUUGUGAAUUCAGUCAUCAUGAACCAUGUUACCAUUGGAGACGGGUGUUCUAUACAAGGAACAAUCAUUUCCAGUAACGUACAACUCCAAGAGCGUGCUCUACUUAGGGAUUGUCAGAUUGGUGCUGGUUAUGUGGUUGCUGCUGGCAGUGAGCACAAAGGGGAAUUACUAAGGAAAUAGAAAACAACCCCGUCUUUAUCUUUUGGUAAGGUUCGGUUCGGUUCGCUUUUGAAAUCACACUUUCCUUUUGUAUGAGGAAAUCUCAGUUUCUGGUGAAAUUAAUUUUUAGGCCAUGUAGAGUGCAAGUGGAAUUUUGUGUCAUUUGGUGGUACAUUAUUCUUUUUUCAGUUAAACUUAUUGCCUUCCCUUCCCUGCCUGUCAAUGGUCCUGUUAGGGUUACCGUGCAAUUACCCUUUUUUUAAUGUGGUUGAACCUUUUCCA